ACGGCAGCGAGCCGCCCUUCGCCGCGCUCGGGUGGCGGAGCCUGGUGCCCGCCACGGCCCUGAGCCAGCUGCACCCGCGCGGCCUGCGCAGCUGCGCCGUGGUCAUGUCGGCCGGCGCCAUCCUCAACUCCUCGCUGGGCGCGGAGAUCGGUGGGUGUCCGGCGCGCUGGGCCUGCUGGAGGCCCUCGAGGCCCCUGGCCGGGAGCUGGGGCAGGGCUUGGAGGGCCCGGGGCAGCGGGGGUGGUCCCCAGGCUGUGAUUCGGUCUUCCUGGGCCUCUCCACCGCGCUGGUCCCCGGGCACUUCGCACGGAUUCCGUGCUGUGCCCGCGGGUGCGUCCUGAGGACCCUCAGAGACCGGAAGGCAGGGGGCUCCCAGCGGGACAAGCGGGCAGGGAGGCGCUCCCCCGGGGUUUUAACCACAGGGUGCGUGCACUAUGCGGACUCGGGGUUCGGGGCCGGAACCCAAGUCCCGGGCUCCUUGAAGAGGGGAGCAGGGCUGCAGUGGGGGCUCCUUCCGGUCACUCACCGGGCCUCGAUCCCCGUCAGAGCACGGGUGGCAGCCACCUAAGAACAGGGAACAGCGCCCCGGGGUCUCCACUGUCCGGGGCAGACUGGCUCCAAAGCCUGGAGGAGGCCCGCACCCGUGGGGUUCGCAGAAAGGGAGAGACGGGUCGGAGGGAUGGCGGGCGUGCAGGUCCGGAUGUACGGUGUGCCCAGAGGUGGGGACCGGGCAGGGCUCUGGGGUUCUUACGGUAGAGCCCUCCUGCGGGACACUGCUGCCGUUGUCCUGAAGGCUGAUGGGGUGGGGCCCUCGUGCUGUGUGGCAGCGCUCUCUCCUCCUCACGUCAGCCACUCUGGGUGUCCCACACCCAGAUCCAGACCUUCUCGGGAACGUCUCUAACCCACACUGGCCCCCACAGCCCGCGCAGGUGACACGUCAGCACCAGGGGCUGCGUGGACUUGGACACCCGUGCCCCCAGUUGAAGGGUAGGGUGUGGCAAGGCGGAGGCACAGCCCCCACCGCAGGGCACCCUCAUGGGCUGGCAGGGGCUCCAUUCCCACGCGUCACGUGCACACCACCCUCCCGCCCGCGCGCCCCUCGUGGGCCCAGGGACCCAGCUUCUCCUGCAGGCUCUUCUCUCUGCCCCGGAGGCUCCGGACACCUUCUUCCAGACUUCUCCUUGCACCAGGGAGUCCUGUUUCUGCCCUGCAUCCUGGAAGAGAGGCUGUCCCGGGCUCUUCUGGAGCAGGAGACCAGCCAUGGGCAGGCUGGGAAGGCAGACUCCGCCCACGUCCCCGCAGGGAGGCUGGGUGGGGAGGUUCUUCACCCAGAAACCCUGAGGUGACACCUGGGCUUGCGGCCCGAGGUCCCCGAGUCGGGACACUACCUCAGGCUCGUGGUAACACUGCAUGUUGCACACGCCUGUAGCCAAGGCGGGAGCAGAGCGCCUGCAGUUUAUUAGGGAAGCACAGCAGUUUAGAGGUCCCCAGGGCGGAAUCACAGCCGGUCCUCCCCGUUCGGCGACCAACAUUAACAGUGCGGAGGAGGGAUUGGAGUGUGGUGCUGUGAGGCAGGCAGCGGCUCGCUUCCGGUUUGGUUUGGUUUAAACUGCUCUGCAUGGUGAAUGCACAGUGUUUGGGGUGCUCCUGCACGCCGGGGAGAAUCCCCUUGCUUUCUAUUCCUGCACAAGCAUCCCUGGCGAGAGCCUUUGAAACGAUUCCGAGCUUGGAAACGAGUUGGAAAGAUGACGCUGGGAAGUCUGUGCUUCUGGGGAGAGUGAAGAGCCAGGCUUGCCUUUUGCUAUUUCUGGUUUCGGUUCCAUGCAGGCUGUACGCCCUGCUGCGAGGCUUCGGGAGGGGAAUGGGGAGUCUCAAGUGAGGAUCGUGCCCGGAAGUGCCUUAAAACCCUCCUUCCUUCUCUGCCUGGCUCCCUAGAGCCAGACUCGGCACCUACAUUUUCAGGACGUAACUGCAGCGCAAAACUUGAAAGCGAAGGCGUUCACUCUCCUCUCCAUAGGCUGGCAUUGCUGUGGCCAGGUGGCGCCCUCUGCGUCAUCCCUGAAGGUGGCAGUGGUCAGUGCAGACCAGGGGGCUUCCUGGCAUCCUCAGUAAAGACAAGCCUGUGCACAGGGUCUAGGUAGCCACACUCAGGUUGGGCCCUCAGUAUGUACCAGUGAGUCAGGUUCUUGAAGGUCAAGGACUUGCCAAGGUCGUGGUCGGAUGAGGGCUGCAGCUGAGCUGGAAGGUGCCCACCUGAGCACCCGCAGUGUUAGGACGGCUGGAGAGGCCGGUGCGGGAACCUGCUGCAGGUGCACGCUGCAGAGGAGAGAAGUCCGGUCUGUAGGAGGGGGCAGCCUCAGCGGAGGCAAAGGACCCGGCUGCACACUGCGCGCGCACGGAUGCAGGGUGGCGGGGCCUCGCCUUACAGCCAUCAAAAACGCUGUUCACCCAGUCGUUCAGUAAGAACUGUCCCAACUUCCCACCAGCUCCUGUGCCGGUCGCAGAGGUGGAUAGGCACAGGCGCAGCCCGCAGAUCUGUGCAGGACGCGCACAGCUGAGCCCCACAUCCCGGGAAGAGGGGAGGGCAGUGCAGGAGGCCCGAGCCACCGCCAGGCUUGGCUGGGCAGAGGGAGGGCUGGAGACUGGCACCAGGGAGGCAGAGACUGGCACCCAUGCGCGCAGGGUGAUGAGAGUGCAGGGGACCUGCAGCACAGGCGGGCGAGAGCGAGAGAGCUGCGGAGGCAGCACAGGGCGUCCCUGCAGGCCUUGUGGUGUAGGAAGUGACCUCCCGGAUGGCUCUCGGCGGAGGCCAACUCCAGGGAGUUCACUGCAGACAGAAACUGCUCCAUGCUCCGCAGUGCUGGCUGCAGGAACCACAUGGUCCUAGGCACAGCGACAUGCAGCUGCUCCGCUCACAGACAAGCAGAACAUGGUCCGCAGCGCUGAGGGUGGAGCCUGGCUGCCAUCUUGGCGGCCCGAGCGCUAUGCCUGCUGCCUGGCCCAGGACCGGGCACUGCCGCUGACUCGGCCUUGUGUGUGCUGGAGCGUGAGAGAGGUGGUCACUGAGGCCAGACCCCAGGUGGCCACUGCAGGCUUACUCGUUUGCUGACCAAAGAUGAGGGCAACAGGGUGCAGGCCUUGGUGUGUUGGGCCCUGGCCUGGCAGUGCCUGGCAGGAGUGAUCUUUGGGGUCAGGAACCCUUGGCUGCCGUGCCCAAGAACAGCACAGCCUGCCCCAGAAGUGGCUUCUCCGCAUACUCUGGUGCAGCUUGUGUAUGGUGUGCAGGACCGCAUAGCCUCUGCUGCCUGUUGCAUUGCCAGGCCAUGCCCAGCUCCUCACUGUCCACACCCCCCUCCUCUCCCACUGUAGCAGGGAUUGCCCUCUGUCCUGGCAAGCACUAUGGUCCAGGUAGGGGUCUGUCUGGGGAACUCUUCCAUGGACACCAGCUCUGGAACGAUACCAAGCUCUUG